CCAGCGAUAUAGGGCGGGCGGGCCGCUUCCAUACAUUUCCCUCGCGAGUUUGUAUUGCGAACGAACUUUGCCAUCCAUAUCUACAACAGAACCAUAAUUUAUUUAUUUUUAAUCUAUGACAAUUAAUUUUACUUAAUUAAGUAUAGUUCGUAGGUGAUGUGAAAGGAAUUUUAGGAUAUAUUUAAAAUGUUUUGUGUUUGGAAAACUUUUUUGAAACUUUAAUAAAGUUUGUUGAGUGCUUGGUACUUAUUGUGGGUUUGGAUUUGGAUUCGUGGAGUGAGUGAUUUCUUCUGGCUCUGUUACCUAACAUGCACCAUGGACUAUAACGACACAUACAACAUCUCGGAGCCCUACAAGCCGUACGACGAGCGCCCUGAGACGUACAUCGUGCCGUUGCUGUUCGCGCUCAUAUUCCUCAUCGGAGUGGUCGGCAAUGGCACCCUCGUCGCUGUCUUUGUCAGGCAUAAGGCUAUGAGGAAUGUGCCCAACACGUACAUCCUCUCGCUCGCGCUCGCAGACCUGCUGGUAAUCAUCACGUGUGUACCAUUCACGUCGAUCGUCUACACCGUGGAAUCCUGGCCAUGGGGGGAACUGGUGUGCAAGAUAUCGGAAGCAGCGAAGGACGUCAGCAUCGGAGUAUCCGUAUUUACACUGACAGCGCUGUCGGCUGAUCGGUACUUCGCGAUUGUGGAUCCGUUACGAAAAUUACACGCUACAGGUGGAAGCAAGCGUGCCACUCGUCUGACCGUCGCAACAGCCAUCGGCAUCUGGUUGCUAGCUGGUGUCCUCGCCACGCCUGCCUACAUCGGUUCCUACUUGCGAGCAUUUGUCGUCAACCCUACUACACAGUUUCACGUAUGCUACCCUUACCCUCCAGAAUGGGGGGAGUCGUACGCACGUACCAUGGUUCUGAUACGCUUCCUACUCUACUACUCGCUGCCCCUGGCUGUCAUCGCACUGUUCUACGUGCUGAUGGCACGACACCUAGUGCUGAGUACCCAGAACAUGCCGGGCGAGAUGCAGGGGACACAAAGACAGAUGCGGGCUAGAAGGAAAGUUGCGUUAACGGUGCUUGCCUUCGUCCUAGUGUUCGCUGCUUGCUUCCUGCCCUCGCAUGUCUUCAUGAUGUGGUUCUAUUACUGCCCAACGGCCCAAGAAGACUACAACUCAUGGUGGCACGGGCUACGCAUCGUCGGCUUUUGCUUCUCCUUCCUGAACAGCUGCGUCAACCCCAUCGCUCUCUACUGCACCAGCGGGAUAUUUAGGAAACAUUUCAACAGGUACCUCCUGUGUCGGAGUGGUUCAGCUCACGGGCAGCGCGGCUCCCUCUCUCUAUCAACAUCAAGGCGACUCCACUCCAGCAGGAAGACCAACAUCAGCAUGGUGCCUCGAACGACAAGCGUGGGGCGAGACAGCAGCAUCCGUCUCCUAAACAACGGGUCCUCGAACCUCUGAGGAAGGUACCGUCCGCACUCCGCGGCGAACAACAACCAGGAACGGACCAAAGAGAACUAUAGGAAGUGUUUAAUCUUCAAACCAGAUAACAUGCCCCCUUUCCCCAAGUGCUGUGAGAGUGAAAACGGGGUCAAACUUGCGGAGACCAAUCUGGAUUCCAAAGACAUUAGCACGGAAAGUUUCCUUUUACCGCUGGACAAUUUUAGCCGAAGUUAGGAAAACUGUAUAGCCUUGACGCCCGUGUCUAGUCAUUAAGGCUCACAAUUUUUAACCAAAAACCACAAAUAGGCAAAGAGAAAUCAUUAUGAAGCGUAUAGUCUCCAAACCAGAUAAUGUAUCCCCUUUUUCCAAGUGUUAAUGAGUGUGAAAACUAGGACAAACUUGCGGAGACCAAUCUGGAUUCCUAAUACAUUAGCACGGAAAGUUUCCUUUUACCGCGCUGCACAAAUUCCGCCGAAGUUAGAAAAACUAAGUAUGUAGUCUUCAUGUCUAGUCAUUAAGUCUUAAUUCUUUCAGAACAACUAGAAACGGACCAAAGAAAAUUAAGGGUUUUUACCAGUGGACGAUUUGGGAAAUAGUCAAAAAAACAGUCUAAAUCUCCUCUGUCCCUGAUGUCUUAUCAUAUUUCAUAACUUUUCAACAACAACCAGCGGGAUGAUUCUCUAAAGUGUUCAACACUGACAUGUAACAUUUAUUUUUAAUCCAUUGAAAGAUUUCUACGAAAAAAUGUAUUUGAUAUUUUAAUAUCAUUCAGUUAAGCAGCAAUGUAGAACCAACCAAUAUCAAAUGCGCUCAGUAGCAAUCAGUGUCGAACACAGUUAGCGAAUUACCCCACUGCAUGGUUGAAGAAUAGAAAUUGUAUCCGAAUAGGUGUAUAUGUAUAGUAUCCAAACCACAUAGCGUACCCCCUUUCGGCAAGUAAAGUUUCCAGAAACCGAUUUAUUUUCAAAGUUGUACAUUGAAAAAUACUUUCUAGACACAAAAAGUUUUAUUGAACGAAAGCGCCAUACUCUACCGAAUAAGAUUUAGGAAGACUGUCUUUACUUUUAUUUACAGAAAGCUUUCAGCAAUAUUAGAGAAUAACUUUCUCAAAACGAGUCUGCUGAAACUAAUAUACCUACUGUGAGUUGUUCUUAUUAUGUUAGUAAUAAUAAUCAUUCUUCGUCGUUGUUAGCCUGUGGACAUCCACUGUUGGCCUUCCCUAAUGAACCACACCUAGUCCUUAACCUUUUACAUCCAGCCAAUUCCCCACAUCCUUUUUAUAUCGUCAGUCCAUCGUGCUGGAGGCCGUCCAACACUACGCUUACUACAACGCGGUCUCUACUCUAGGACUUUUCCAACGACCAACGCUCCUUCGACAAGUUUAGAG